AUGUCGAUAUCGCCAUCAACUCGAACCCAUAUCCUCAAUCUCAAACACCUCCUGCGACUACCUGCUUCUAUUCGUGGAUUUGCGACUUCUCCCCAUUUGGAAACUUACAAGAUCGCGGCGGAUCUGCAGGCGGAAAACGAAGGAUUGGCAAGGAAGACUUCGGGCCAAGGAGAGCGAAAGAUGUCUGGAUCGAAUCUGGAUUAUUCGGGGCAGAAGAAACGGGCGCCGGCAAUUCCUCGACCCAGUUCGAGUGUGAUCUUGAUUUCGCCUCAGAAUCAGAUCCUCCUGCUACAGAGAGUAAAACAAUCUUCCUCUUUCCCCUCAGCACACGUCUUCCCGGGCGGCAACGUCUCUGAGUUCCACGACGGCAGAGCUCCCGACCCGGAACACGCGGACCGCCACGUCGAUGGCGAGGUGUACCGCAACGCAGCAAUCCGGGAGACAUUCGAGGAAUCCGGAAUUUUGCUCGCGAGGAACAACGGCUUCGGGAGACUCAUCGAACUGCCUGAGCAGGAACGAGAGCAAGGCCGGAGACAAGUGCACGGGAAUGAGGUUUCCUUCCCGCAGUGGCUGGCGCAGAAGGGCGGGAGGGCGGAUGUAGACGGCCUCACGCCGUUCACGAGAUGGGUCACGCCCACGAAUGUCCCCAAACGUUUCACGACGCAGAUGUAUCUCUAUUUCCUGCCGACGCUCUCUUCGACGCCCAUGUCCGAAGGCUUACAGGCGGAUGGGGAAGAGGAAGUAGAGAUCCCCCUGCCGACCACGGAUGGAGGGAAGGAACACACGACUGCGAGGUUUCUACCCGCGAGCGCGUGGUGUCGGCUUGCGCAGGAGGGCAGGAUCAUCCUGUUUCCGCCGCAGUUCUUCUUGCUACAUCAGAUUGCGCAGCACUUUGACGAUUUGACAUCCCCGACGGAUUAUGGAAGUAUAUCGCGGACGCCGCAGAGUAGGGAGGAAUUGGAGCGGAGGAGGAAGAAAUUGGUGGAGUUUGUGAAGUCUGGAACUCCGCCUUGGACGGAGAAGUGUAUCUCUCCGAGUGUUUUACCCCCCAGGAAUGGGAAGAAGAGGGAGGAUGGGAGGAAUGUGCUUGGGUUGAACAGACCCGGGCCGGAGUUGGAGACGAGUGGUGCGAAGAGGGCGGGAGUCAGUGAGGAGUGCGUGUUGGUGGAUUUCAAAAAAGAAGGGCCGAGAAGAUUGGCCGUGAUAUCGAGGGAGGAGGCGUUGGCUGGAGGAGUCAAGCUGUAA